GGCUUGUGCAAAUGUGUGUGUGUGUGUGUGCUUGCCUCGGAGGGCGCAUGCGAACUGAGGCCCAUAGGGAAAGUCUCCCCAUAUUUCAGCCAGCUGCCCUGCUGUAAACAUUUCAGCGCUUAAGAGUGGAGGAAGAAGACGAUGGAAGGUGGAACACACAAAUCCCCAUCCAAACUACACUCGAAUAUCAACUCUUAGCACUUUCUUAAAGGAACGAGAAGAGGCCAGAGAGGGGUGGACCUUGCUGUCGCGGCUAACAAGCUCCUUUCCAAGUGCUGCUAGCGCUUAGAUUCCUCUCGGUUUGGGAGUAGAGGGCAUGCUGCACCAGAGGGGUGUUCUCAAACAAACUAUCUGACCCUGGGGGUUAACUAAAAUCAGGCUCUGUGAGGCUCGCUGGGGGAGGGAGGGGACAGCAGUUAGCAUAAGGCUACUGUGGGGCUGCUGCACUGCUAGCACACAGCAGCAGCAGGGAAGAGGAGAUGGCCACAGGAGAAAUCACCACUCUACCCGCCACACCUGAAGAUGGAGGCAGUGGCGGCUUCCUUCCAGGAAACUUUAAGGAGCCCAAGAGGUUGUACUGUAAAAACGGAGGCUACUUCUUGAGGAUAAACUCUAACGGAAGCGUAGACGGGAUCAGAGAUAAGAACGACCCCCACAAUAAGCUUCAACUCCAGGCGACCUCAGUGGGGGAAGUAGUAAUCAAAGGGGUCUCAGCCAACCGCUAUCUGGCCAUGAAUGCAGAUGGAAGACUGUUUGGAGCGAGACGGACAACAGAUGAAUGCUACUUUGUGGAGAGGCUGGAGAGUAACAACUACAACACCUACCGCUCUCGAAAGUACCCUGAAAUGUAUGUGGCACUGAAAAGGACUGGCCAGUACAAGUCAGGAUCCAAAACUGGACCCGGCCAAAAAGCCAUUCUCUUUCUCCCCAUGUCGGCCAGACGCUGAGCUCACCUUGUCGUACCAAUCUUAAAGUCAGCCUGGCUGCACACAAACAAACAGGACAUGAAGAAAUACAAUGGAGCCUAUUAAAUGACUGUGACGACAUAAUCAUCCUGUAGUUAGGUACUUUAACGGCAAUUCAAUUCAACUAUAUAAUGUGAGUUUGACUAGAGCUGCUUCAAAUAUUCUAGUUUACUUUGAUACUCUGCUUAUUUGUCUUGGUUUAACAAUUUUGAAGGUACAUUAUUUAAGACGAAAAAGAAAGUGAUAACACACAAGAUGCCACUUAGUAGCUCUGGGCUUUAAACAUGUACUUUUUACUGCACUGCAGUAAAGGUUAGCUUGGUCAUGCCCACAACUUUACUUGAUACAGCUUUUAAAUAGAACAUUGGGUUGGCAAAGAUAAAUCGAGCACACCAUUACUCUAAAGUCAUUGCAACACAAACAGUAGACCUAGUACAAUACUACAGUAUAUGAUAUUGCACCUCUCAAUCUUAACAUAUGAAUGAUUAAUUUGAUUUUAGAGCUUAGUGGCCCUGAGGUUCUUCCCAAACAGAGUAGCCUAUUUCUUCAAAUUGUGUAUAUUUUUUAUCUUUACAGACAAGAGGUACGUACGUCUUGUGAUUUGUGAAAAAUGUCCUUUACAGUGGUCAUCAUCGGUACCAUUGGCUACACCCUCGUUCCCGUGUAACAGUUCAGAAAAACCUAUUCCAGUCUGUCAAAAAUAUACACUUCAAGUAGUAUGGUAAAAGGCCAUCCACAUGCUCAUAUGAAUAGCACUGACGUGUUCGUGCCAUUAGCAUCGA